AUGGUUAUGCUUACGUCUAAGCGUAUUGCUGCGGCUGCGGUGGUGCUCAGCCAGUCCCUCACUCUAGCCCAGAGUUCAGAUCCAAUUGUUGUCGAUGGGACGUCCUUCGCUCUCAAUGGAGAUAAUGUCUCAUACCGUUUUCACGUCGACAACACUACAGGCGACUUAAUCAACGACCACUACGGCGGUCCUGUGGCAGAAGAUACCAUCACAGCAGAAGUCGGUCCCAUUCAAGGCUGGGUCAAUCUCAUCGGUCGAGUCCGACGAGAAUUCCCCGACCAUGGAAGAGGGGACUUCCGAAUCCCAGCUUUCCAGAUCCAACAAGCUAGCGGCACUACAGUCACCGACUUUAGAUACAAGUCUCACGACCUUGUGCAGGGAAAGCCCGGGUUACCUGGUCUUCCCGCCACAUUCGGAGAAUCCGACGAUGUUUCGAGUCUUGUUGUGCACAUGUACGACAACUACAGCUCUAUUGCUGCGGACUUGACAUAUUCUAUCUUUCCGAAAUACGACGCCAUUGUCAGGAGCGUGAAUAUUACUAACAAGGGAAACACGACUAUUAAUCUGAAGAAGGUUUCUAGUUGGAGUGUUGACUUUCGGCAAGAGGAUUUGGAUCUCAUUGAGAUUCGUGGUGACUGGUCCCGCGAGGGUAUGCGAGUGCGUCGCAAGGUUGACUAUGGAACCCAGGGCUUCCAAAGUUCAACUGGGUACUCUUCGCAUCUCCACAACCCCUUCCUGGCUCUCGUUUCGCCCGACACCACUGAAUCGCAAGGUGAAGCCUGGGGCUUCUCACUCGUAUAUACCGGUUCAUUUGCAGUGGACGUCGAGAAGAGUUCCCAAGGUCUCACCCGUGCUCUGCUCGGCGUCAACCCUAUCGACUUUUCGUGGCCUCUCAAGCCUGGUCAAACAUUCACUACCCCUGAAGUGGUGUCCAUCUUCUCGAGCAAGGGUGUAGGCGGCAUGUCGAGACAGUUCCAUCGCCUUUACAGGAAGCACCUGAUGAAGAGCAAGUUUGCUGAAGAAACCAGACCUGCACUUCUCAACAGCUGGGAGGGUUUGAUGUUUGAUAUCAAUGAGACUGCCAUUACCAAGAUUGCCAAGGAAACUGCUGACCUUGGUAUCAAACUUUUUGUCAUGGAUGAUGGUUGGUUCGGUAACAAGUAUGCUCGAACUAUCGACAGGCUUGGUCUUGGUGAUUGGCAACCGGACAAAUCUCGCUUCCCUGAGGGACUCACUCCUCUUGUUGAGGAUGUUGGUCAGUAUGAAGUUGCCAAUUCCUCCGAAAAGCUCAAGUUUGGUAUCUGGUUCGAGCCUGAAAUGGUCAGUCCCAAGUCCGACUUGUACGACGCUCACCCUGAUUGGGCCAUUCACUCGGGAAACUAUCCCCGAACCGAAACACGCUGGCAGUUGGUUCUCAACCUUGCUCUGCCAGAAGUUCAAGAAUUUGUUAUUGAGUCCGUCUCCAAGAUUUUGCGCGAGUCACCUAUCUCAUACGUCAAGUGGGAUAACAACCGUGGUAUCCACGAGACCCCCGAUCAAACUCUCAACUACAAAUACAUGCUAGGCCUGUAUCACGUUCUUGAGACUUUGACCACCCGUUUCCCUGACGUUCUUUGGGAAGGAUGCGCUUCAGGAGGUGGUCGCUUCGACCCAGGCAUUCUUCACUGGUUCCCACAAAUUUGGACCUCCGACGACACAGAUGCCAUCGAGCGUAUCUCUAUUCAAUUCGGCACUUCCCUCGCCUAUCCUCCAUCUUCAAUGGGAGCCCACAUCUCACACGUCCCCAACCAGCUCACUAGCCGUAACACGUCGGUCGAAUUCCGAGCCCACGUUGCCAUGAUGGGCGGUUCCUUCGGUGUUGAACUCGAUCCCAGCGAUUUGUCAGAAGACGAGCGUGAACAAAUGCCCGCUCUGAUUGAGCUGUCUGAAAAGAUCAAUCCCAUCGUCAUCAAAGGAGACUUUUACCGACUAGCUCUUCCUGAAGACACCAGAUACCCAGCUGGACAGUUCAUCUCCGAAGACGGCAAGCAGGUUGUCUUGUUCGCCUUCCAAACUCGUGCUACCAUCAACUUCUCUUGGCCUUGGUUCCGUCUGCAGGGUUUGGAUUCGGAUGCCAAAUAUGUCUUGAAUGGUAACCAGACUGUUUCUGGAUCGACGCUUAUGAACCUUGGUGUUCAGUUGCGAUUCCAAGGGGAUAUUGAUAGUCAAGUUUUGAUCUUUGAGAAGCAGUGA